AGAGAAGGAACGACGCCGCACGUGCCAAGCAGAGUGCAGGUGGGGCGGUCGUGCCUCAUUCCCACGUGCCGUCAGACCUACCAUCACCGUCGAUAUACCACCCCGUUGCGCUACAAGAUGCAUCCAGUACUCUACGCUAUCAUAGGCGUUAUACUUAUCCUCGUGAUCGGGCCCGCUAUCUUCGCCGACCGCAGCCCCAUCCCCGAAACCUCAGGCAACGUGACCAAAGUCGCAGCGCCUGCGGACCUCACCACCCUCCUCGCCUCCUCAAAGUAUGUCGUCGUCGACUUCUACGCGGACUGGUGCCCUCCAUGCCGCGCCAUCGCGCCCAUCUUCUCCGCGCUGGCGGACGAGCACGCACUCGCGGGCAAGCUUGCGUUCGCGAAGGUCAAUGUGGAUCACGUGAAGGGGGUUGCGGCGCAGUAUGGGAUUUCGGCGAUGCCGACGUUUUUGUUUUUUGAGGGCGGGGAGGUCAAGGGGGUGGGGGUGAAGGGGAAGGCGGGUGACGAGGUGGUGGAGAUGGUGAGGGGCGCGGAUGUGGUGGCGUUGCGGAGGGUGGUGCAGGAGUUGGGGAGGAAGGCGAGGGAGUAGGGUGGUUUGGGAGGUCUGUAUUGAUGCUGGCAGGGGCUUCGUAGCUUGGAGCUCGAGGUGCGCGUCAGAGCGGCGAUGUUUUGGUCGUGGCAACGGUGGAUGGGUAGUACAGCGGUGUGCGAUCAAGUCAUCGUCACUGAAGAAUAGUUGCUGAGGUCUCAUCACCUCGCGCAUCGAUCUCGCCGAGCCAAUCAUUUCAUCUGUGGGGAAUGUGCAGUAGCGACGUCAUUUUUGCUUCUGCAAGAGAAGCAAUGGAGUUUGACAUGCGAAACGUCGCAAGUGAGGCGGAAGCUUGGUGUUGUGGAGCAAGUCUAGAUCAGAUCAGCACUGUUGCUACUCAUGGUCCCGCAACACCAAAGUCGAAGUACAUUUUUUUUCGCGAGAAGAUCAGCCAAUCAUAG